UUUGUCUUUCUAAUUUUCAAAUCGUACAGGGUUUCGCCGUAGCGCAAAUCUACUUUAGUUACCAACUUUGUGUAUAGAACAUAAUUUCAGGUGCUUCUGUUUCACACCGAGCAAUUAUAUGUGCACUGCACUGUUAUUAAGUUCAGCUGCUUAUCUGAAGCAGUUGCCGUGAAAGGUGGCACGAUCUAAUCGGGUUUCAUGGUCAUAAGGCUUUACAACGUAGUAAGAGUAGCCUAUGUAGCUACUUCACUUUGAUAUCGCUACCCGGUUUACUGUGUUGAAAGGUCAAAAGACGUCGAAUUUUAAGUUGAAAAGUCAAGAAAUGUUCAUUUGUACCUUGCACGGUAUUAAAUGUGAGUGGUUUUAAGUUUCUUAUUAUAAUGAUACUUUUAUGUUUCUCACUAAUUAAAGUGCUUGGGACGUGUUAAUCAUCUGGCAGACGUCCUUCGAAAUAAGUUUUAUGUUACAUUUCAUACUUAUUAGAUGGUUGGAAUCGGUCGAAAAUGUGCAAAACUAGAUCAUUACUCACAAGAAUUCCGUUCGGUACUUGGUAUUGAUUGUGAUUCGUGGGGAUUAAGUUAUCGUGGUGCACUUAUGCAUGAUGGUCAAACAUAUCCCUUGGGAUCUUGCGCUUUCAAAAAGGGUAGUAUAAUUGGCUGUCUUCUCGAUUUGUGGCAUUUAAAGCUUUACUUCUACGUUGAUGGACAAUUGAAUCCGAAUGCUUGUUUCAAUCUGCCACGUGAUAAUUAUUAUCCAAUGGUAUCUUCAACUACGUUACGAAGUGGUUUUCGUUUGAUUCGUGCAAAAUCUUACCCAAUCACAUUGCAAUAUUUAAUAUGCCAGUAUUUUCUCCACCAGCAACAAAAGCAACCAUCGCUUCAUGCCUGUUUCAAUUUGACCACUUUAAAAUUUCCUACUGGUCUUCGGGAAAUUUUAAGCAACACUUUACCUCACUCACUAUUCUUCAAUCAAAUUCAACAAUUAUCCUUCAUUUAUAAUGAUGUAAACAAAGCGCCAUCUCUUCUGCCUGUUGACUCACCUGAUCCUUUCUUAUGGGUUAGUUUUUCUCCAUCUGAUUCAAAUGAUUUAAACAGUAGUACAAAGGGCGAUAUGGAUAAAUUUGACAUUGAACCAUGCUCUCCGGAAGAGUUCGAUUUGUAUUCGGAUGAUUUGUUGAAUGAACGUGAUAGAUCAGUAGACAAAGAAGAUUAUAGUUCUGAUGAAAAUCACCCAACUUGUGAUGGAAUAAAUGAGACCAAUUUUUAUUUAUCUAGAACUACUGAAAGCAGUCAAAAAAGGCGUUAUCAAGCUGCCAUGUCCGCAGAUUGUGUGUUAGACAGACUAUUUGUUUUGGCUGCAAAAUCUACCAAAACGGACGAUAAGUCUAGUGAACCAACAUCCCAUCUGAUGCGUAAUAUGAACUCUGUUGUUUAUGACCAUGCACUCUGGGUGAAUUUGACGAAUAAGAAAAAUUGUCAAAAUCAUAACUUUUCAGUGUUACAAUCGAUCUCUUAAUAUCUUCACUGAAAAAUGAAUUUGUAUAUAAAGAGGUUCACAGUGUUGCUUGUAUAUUCUUCAAUCUAAUCUUUCUUUUAUUAAUAUAAAACUUUCGAUAUUA